GGACGGCAGAGCCGCUCUAGCCUCGCCGCGUCUCGGUGGCCGCUUGAUUUCUUCCGCUUGCUGUGCGGCCCGCCGCUCUAGGCCGGCGGUCUCGCUGGCCUCCGCGCUAGUUCCGUGGCGGCUCUGGAGAUGGCCGCGGGGCCCCGGCGGCCGCGGAGCUUGUUCAAGAAGCAGUCCACACUGUCUCUUCGGUUGUUGGAAGCUCCAGAAUCUUCUCACUCAUGAGCGAAGACUGACGAAGGUGUGGUGAGGCUUAGCUAUCUGCUGCACCUGUUUCCCAGGGUUAUUGUUAUAUGUAGGAUUGUCAGCCAAAGAUUUCCAAGCUUUCAGUUUGGGGACAGGGUUUUUGUUUAAUACCAAUCCUUUUCCUAAGAUGGAACAUGCAAUAAAAUCAUGCGUCACUAGCAUUUAAAUGCUAUUAAAGCCUGGACAUCUAGGAAAAGAAUUCUCAAGGUAUGGAUGAUAAAGGGCACCUGAGCAAUGAGGAAGCACCCAAGGCUAUCAAACCCACCAGUAAAGAGUUCAGGAAAACCUGGGGGUUUCGAAGAACCACGAUUGCCAAACGUGAGGGUGCAGGAGACACCGAGGUGGACCCCAGUGAGCAGCCACCACAACAGCAUAGUCUUUCCCUGCGCCGCAGUGGACGACAGCCAAAGCGCACCGAGAGAGUAGAAGAGUUCCUUACCACAGUUCGCCGCCGAGGGAGAAAGAGUGUGCCAGUCUCACUGGAGGAUUCCAGUGAACCCACAUCCUCCACCGUCACUGAUGUGGAGACAGCCUCAGAGGGCAGCGUGGAGAGUAGUUCUGAGGUCAGAAGUGGCCCUGCACCUGGCUCCUCAGGGAAUGAGCAUCCUGCCUCUUCCGAAAAGGCAAAAGGGGUUGAUGAGGAAGAAGACACCUCUGAUAGUGACAGUGAUGGCCUUACUUUGAAGGAACUUCAGAACCGCCUUCGAAGAAAGCGAGAACAAGAACCCUCGGAGAGGCCCCUGAGAGGCAUUCAGAAUCGCCUUCGGAAGAAGCGCCGAGAGGAGGACCCUGCUGAAACUGGGAGUGUACUAACUGGCAGCGCUGAUGAGAGCGUACCUCUCUGUAAGCCUGAGCCUGAGGCUAGUCAGGGACCAGUGUCCCAGUCAGAGAAAGAUGACAGAGAAAAUCAGUCAGAGGGGAAAGCAACUCAGGGAAGUAAAGAGGAAGGCCCCAGGGAUGCAGGCAAACCAAAACCUGAGUGUGAGGUUUACGACCCCAAUGCCCUCUAUUGCAUCUGCCGCCAGCCUCACAACAACAGGUUUAUGAUCUGCUGUGACCGGUGUGAGGAGUGGUUCCAUGGUGACUGUGUGGGCAUCUCUGAGGCCCGAGGACGGCUCCUGGAAAGGAAUGGGGAAGACUACAUCUGCCCAAAUUGCACCAUUUUGCAAGUGCAGGACGAGACAAGCGCCAGUGCCGCUGAUGAGCAGGACACUGGGUGCAGACCCUUAGGUGCUGACGGCACAGACUGCACGAGCAUAGGGGUGGUAGAGCAGAAGUCUGGUGAAGACCAGGGGAUAAAGGGUAGAAUUGAAAAGGCGGCAAACCCCAGCGGAAAGAAAAAACUCAAGAUAUUCCAGCCUGUCGUAGAGGCUCCUGGUGCUGCUAAGUGCAUUGGCCCUGGGUGUUCCAAUGUAGCACAGCCUGACUCCGUGUACUGCAGCAAUGAUUGCAUUCUCAAACACGCUGCAGCUACCAUGAGAUUUUUAAGUUCAGGUAAAGAACAAAAACCAAAACCCAAGGAAAAGGUCAAGAUGAAGCCAGAAAAAUUCAGUCUUCCAAAAUGCAGUGUUCAGGCAGGGAUUAAAAUCUCUUCUGUACACAAGAGACUAGCUUCAGAGAAAAAGGAAAACCCAGUGAAGAAAGUGAUGGUGGCUCCUAGGAGUGAAACUUGCGGGAAGGAGGUAACCUGUGAAAGCACCACACCAUCCUGGGCGAGUGACCACAACUACAAUGCCGUGAAGCCUGAGAAGCCCGAGAAGCCUGAGAAGCCCACUGCACUCUCACCCACCCUAUUGAGUAAAUCCAUGAAGGAAGACAGGAGAGCAGAGGACAGAACAGUGGCCGUAGCUGCAGUCCCAAAGAAGACAAUUCCUCCAGGCUCCUUGAUGGGCAGGCAGACUUCACCCAGAAAUCUUGCUCCAAAGAAGCUUCCUCCUUAUGCUAGCAUGGCAGGAGCCAAACCAGCCAUUAAGAAGCUGCCCUCAGGCUUCAAGGGUACCAUUCCCAAGAGGCCAUGGCCCUCAGCUACCCCUUCAGGCACUUCUGCCAGACAGGCAGGACCAACACCUGUGACAGCUGCUUCCAAAAAGUUGCCUGGGUCUGCUGCUGUGGUGGGAGUUAUCAGGAAGCCAAUGUCUGCCAAUGCCUCUGCAGCCUCUCCAGCCCCAGGACGCCUUGGGCCUGUGAGCUCAGCCCCAUCACAGCCCAAUUCACAAAUUCGUCAAAACAUAAGACGCUCCUUGAAAGAGAUUUUGUGGAAAAGGUGGGCUGUUAUACAUGUCAUACAUUUUGCAGAUACAGCAUUGAUGAUAGUAUUCUGGAUUUCCCUACUAGGGAAGUGCCCCCUGGUUUAUGUAAUUCCUCUUUUCAUUCUAUUCAGAGUCAAUGACAGCGAUGACUUAAUAAUGACAGAAAAUGAAGUAGGAAAAAUUGCCCUCCACAUUGAGAAGGAGAUGUUUAACUUGUUCCAGGUUACUGAUAAUCGUUAUAAGAGCAAAUAUCGCAGCAUCAUGUUCAACCUUAAGGAUCCUAAGAAUCAGGGGCUCUUCCAUCGAGUCCUUCGAGAAGAAAUCUCCUUGGCAAAACUUGUCAGGAUGAAGCCUGAAGAGCUAGUAUCUAAAGAACUUUCCAUGUGGACAGAGAAGCCUACAAAAUCUGUGAUAGAGUCCAGGACUAAGCUGCUUAAUGAAAGCAAGAAGAACACUGCUAAGCCAGAAACUAUUCCUGACAUGGAAGAUUCUCCACCAGUGUCAGAUUCGGAAGAACAACAAGAAUCAGUAAGAGCUGCCCCUGAAAAGAGCACAAAGCCUCUUCUUGAUGUCUUCAGCAGCAUGCUAAAGGACACGACAAGUCAACAUCGGGCUCAUCUUUUUGAUUUAAACUGUAAAAUUUGUACAGGUCAGGUUCCAUCUUCGGAGGAUGAACCAGCUCCUAAAAAGCAAAAGCUUUCAGCUUCUGCCAAGAAAGAAGACUUAAAGCCCAGGCAUGACAGCUCUCCAUCUGAUCCAGUUCCUAACACUGCUGAUGAAGGAAUUGCAGAGAUACUGCCUGAAAAUGCCUCUGAACCAGACCUGGAGAAUAUGUCUAGUCUGAACCAGGAGAGAAAAUGUUUCCCUGGGCCUCCAGGUGAUGGCCAUCCUGAGCCCUCCCCACUGGAUGGCCUCUCUCCCUGCUCUGCCUCUGGUGGGAGUGGGGUGGUCACCACAGUCACAGUGUCUGGCAGAGACCCCAGGACUGCCCUGAGUGGGUCAUGCACCGUCACAGCCUCCAUGGCAGCCCACCUGGACAACUCCCACACAUCAGAAACCAAACUGGACACACUAAAGCCUGCUUUGACUCCUGCAGUGGUGCCUAAGUCCAUACUGGCUAAGCCGUCCUCCUCUCCUGACCCGAGGUACCUGUCAGUGCCACCAUCACCAAAUAUGAGCAUUUCAGAAUCACGAUCCCCACCAGAAGGAGACACAACCCUCUUUUUGUCUCGGCUCAGCACAAUUUGGAAAGGAUUUAUUAAUAUGCAGAGUGUUGCAAAAUUUGUCACUAAGGCAUAUCCUGUCUCUGGGUGUUUGGAUUAUCUUAGUGAGGAUUUGCCAGACACCAUCCACAUCGGUGGAAGGAUUGCUCCAAAGACGGUUUGGGAUUAUGUCGGCAAGCUCAAGUCAUCCGUGUCCAAGGAGCUCUGUCUGAUCCGCUUCCAUCCUGCCACAGAGGAGGAGGAGGUUGCCUACAUCUCUCUCUACUCCUAUUUUAGCAGCCGUGGCCGCUUUGGGGUUGUAGCUAAUAACAACAGGCAUGUCAAGGACCUGUACCUGAUUCCACUGAGUGCUAAGGACCCUGUGCCAUCCAAACUCUUGCCCUUUGAGGGCCCAGGUCUUGAAUCACAACGUCCAAAUAUAAUACUUGGGUUAGUAAUAUGUCAGAAAGUCAAACGUCCUACAAGUGCUGGAGAGCUAGACAAGACAGAUGAGAAGCGGGCUCGACUCCAACAGGAAGAAGCAGAAACUUCAGUUUAUCCCAAAGUCGCUGCAACUUUGCCAUCUGAGAAGAAGCCUCCCAAGUACCACCUGCACUCUGCAGACACAGCUGCCAGCAGCACUACACCCCCGGGUUCUCCUCCACCCCCUCCUCCUCUUCCUGAACCCCCAGUCCUAAAAAUACUGUCAUCCCUCAAGCCAGGGUCCACCAGCACUGUGGCAGCGCCCACCACAUCAGCAGUGAUCACCACCACAGCUCCCCCUGUGGUUUCUGCCUCUUCAAAAACAGCCUCCCCUCUGGAGCACAUCCUGCAGACUCUGUUUGGGAAAAAGAAGUCAUUUGAACCCUCGGCCAAAGAGUCUGUUGGGUCUACCCUAUCUCCACAUCAGGAUCCCAAGGCCAAGGGGGAAGAUGCCGUGUCAUCUGCAGCUCCUUUGUUGGAUCCAAUUGUUCAGCAGUUUGGUCAGUUCUCAAAAGACAAGGCUCUGGAGGAAGAGGAGGAAGGUGACGACCGGCCCUAUGACCCAGAAGAAGAGUACAACCCUGAGCGAGCUUUCCAUACUCUGCUUGCUGAGCCAGGGAGGCGCCAUGACGUGGAAAAUGUCCCUGAGACAGCUGAGAGGGAAGAGGUGGCCUACGAUCCAGAAGAUGAGACCAUCUUAGAGGAAGCUAAAGUGACCAUUGAUGACCUGCCCAAUCGGAUGUGUGUGAAAGUCAGCUCCACGGAGAGGCCUGCUGACUUUGCCACCGAUGCCACUAAUCCCUCUCUAGUAGAGCAACAGAAAAUGUUAGAAGAGCUAAAUAAGCAGAUCGAGGAGCAAAAGAGGCAGCUGGAGGAGCAGGAAGAAGCCCUUAGGCAGCAGAGGGCUGCAGUUGGCGCUUCCAUGGCACACUUCUCUGUGUCAGAUGCACUGAUGUCACCACCUCCCAAGUCCUCCCUGGCCAAGACAGACCUGUUCUCUCAGGAACAGCAGGCCCAGGACCCAAGUCAUGGAGCCCUGGGUGCCAACCACAGCUUAGACUCCAGACACAGUAGGGACCCGAGGCAGGCCAGGAGGCUGGCUGCUGAGAACACCGAGAGUGAGCCUCUUCCCAGGGCUCCCACAGGAAGCACACCUGGCCCACAAGGCACCCUCCCUGCCAGGGAGAUGCCUGCUGCUGGGACUGCAGCAGUCCAGGGACCUGCCCUAGCUCCUGAAGCCAAGGAGUCAGAGGCUGUUCCCUGGGCUCCGGGUGAAAACGCUGUGUUGAGGCCUGAACAUGAUAUGCAGAAGUGUGAGCACCCUGGUAACCCUGUCUCCUUGCCCCUGGACAACAGCCACCUUCCUGCUGCUGGUGAUGGUGCAUCCAGGCCCACAGCGCCCCGAAGAGUGCUACUGCCCACGCCUCCUAGCACCGCCUUUCCACCCAGCUUCCCUUUGCAGCCUGAAGCACAGAAUUUCACCUCCGGAGGCAGGGAGCCGUUUCCAGGACCUAUGUUUCUGUCUCAGGAAACAUCUCUUGGCUCAUCCCAAUACGAGGACACUCGGGGUGCUCAGUCUGCUGGGAGGAGUGACAGCCCAGUGGCUGAUACUGAGGACAGCAGGGAGCCACAGCUCAGGACUGGCGAGGGAACUACUCAAUUCCCCCAGCCUGGGCAGAGGGGAGGGGGCCCUCAGCCGCAGUUUCCUGCCCAGCGGGAACCUUUGCCACGCACUUUUGGGAUGUCAGGACACCAUGGCCCUGGUUUCCCAGGACCUAGGGGGCCAGUCCCUCCCUUUUCAGAAGAGAGUAUUGUUCCUAAUAAUGAUGGACCAAGGGGCCCUCCACCUGCCCGAUUUGGGGCCCAGAAGCCACCAAUCCCUUCCUUAUUCUCUGGGCAACAUGGGCCACCUCCCUAUGGGGACAACAGGGGACUCUCACCUUCUUACCUUGGUGGGCCCAGAGGAGGAGCACCAGCCCAGUUUGAAGAACGCAAAGACCCACAUGGGGAGAAGAGGGAAUUCCAGGAUACACCAUACAACGAGAUGGCAGGUGCCCCUGCUCAGUGUGAAGGACCGGACCAGGCCCAGUUCAUGGGGAACAGGGCACCCUUCCAAUUUGGAGGCCAGAGACGGCCCCUGCUGACUCAGAUGAAAGGGCCCCGUGGAGGGCCUCCGCCAUCUCAGUUUGGAGGCCAAAGGGGACCACCACCUGGCCAUUUUGUGGGCCCACGUGGGCCACAUCCUAGUCAGUUCGAGACUCCCCGGGGCCCGCACCCUGGCCAAUUUGAAGGACCCAGGGGCCAAGCACCAGGUUUCAUGCCCGGCCCCCGUGGUGUUCAGCCCCAGCAGUUCGAAGAGCAGAGGGUGAACUCACCGCCACGGUUUGCAGGUCAGAGGGCACCUGCACCCCUGCCGUAUGGAGGACCACGGGGGCCCGCACCCUUUGCUGAGAAAAAUGAACAGCCACCUUCUCGAUUUCACUUCCAAGGCCAGUCUUCCCAGCCCGUAAAGCCUCCCCCUCGGCCCCUGCUGGAGCUACCAAGCCACCCUCCUCAGCACAGGAAGGACCGAUGGGAUGAUGCAGGCCCGGCCACUGCCCUGCCUUCCGGUGCUGGGUCUGGGCAGGGCCCCGAGGCUGACGGGCAGUGGGCCACGCCUGAGUUCCGAGAAGGCAAAGGGCAUGAGUAUAGGAGCCCAGCUUUUGAAGGGAGACAGAGGGAGCGGUUUGAAGGAGGACCUAAAGAGAAGCCUCUGGAUGAGCCUGAAGCUCAAGGGUUGGAGAAUCGGCAGGGCCGGGCGUUUGAGGAUCGGAGGCGAGAGCGAGGCCGAAACUGGAGUCGGGAGAGAGACUGGGAGAGGAGCCGGGAGUGGGACCGGCACCGGGAGUGGGACAAAGGCAGAGACAGGAGCUCCAACAGGGACAGGGAGAGAGACGCCGACCGGGCUAAGGACUGGGACCGAAACCGGGAGAGAAGCAGGAAUCGCGACCGUGACCGGGAAAGGCGGCGAGACCGAGACAGGUCCCGGAGCAGGGACCGAGACAGGGACCGUGAGAGAGCCCGGGACCGGGACCGGGACCGAGGCCGGGACCGGAAGGACCGUAGCAAGAGCAGAGAGAGCCCUCGGGAUCUGAAGUCUGAGGCUAGGACCUCUGAUGGGGGCCCCGCCACAGCCCAGGCCUAGAGGCCAUUGCACUCAGGGCUGGUGACAAGACAGAGACACGCUGGUGAGGACAAAGACCUCGUGUCAGCUAUUGUUAAUAGAGGCUUAGCCUGGCAAAGACCCCUUUAAAAGCCAAGUACAUAAAAUGUGUUGAGCAAAGAGUUUUUGAAAUAGCUAUGAACUUAGAUGCAGGAUAUAAUAUUCUGGACUUCAGGAAUUACUGUAAUUUUGUGUAUAAUGGUUUGUUACAAAAUUUCCCAACUUUACAAUUCUGAUGUUUUUUUAAUAACUUAAUGUUUCCAUUUAAAAUUACAGAAAUGGGAAAGUAUCUACAAAAGCAUAUUGCUUUUUUUUUUUCAGAUUAUAAAGUUAUCUUUUCCAAUAACUUGACUGGUGUAAGUCUUAAGGGAAUUUCAGUGGACCGUAGAGCUAGCUUUCCCUGUGCUGCCAUCUCUGCUUCCGUGUAUCCUGACCUGUCCGGGGGCUCUCAGUGCUGUCCUGGAUGGAAAGCACUGUUGAGGGGGUGAGCUGCGGUGUGUGCUUGCAGUGGGAGAACGGUCUUCCUAGGCCUGGUUCCCCACAACGCAUUCUUUAGAAGUUUUUUCAAAACAUAAUUAGAAAUAAUCCGUCCCAGUGGAAAUUGUUACAUUUUAAAUAACAAUUUAUUUUUAAAUGUUCAAAUUUAUCAGCCUAAAGAAGAAGCAAAAAGAGUUCAGAGUAGCUUAAGAGGGAAGAGGCAGGAGCCAUUCAGAAAAGCAUUGCCCGGUGCUGUCCUCUGAGUGGCUCUCUCAGGCCCCAGACAGGUGAUGGGUUUGGAAGCUUCUCGGUGAGAUGUGGCAAUGUUUGUACCAAAUCUGGAAGAGGACUGAGGGUGAAACAGACUGCUUCGUAGCCUUUAGGCUACUCUGCUGUUGCCACGUAGCCCCUCUGAAAAUACCGUGAGAAGGUUGGCUAACUUAUUUGACUGUGCAAAUAUGUUUGAUAGUUCAUUUUAUAUUUUCAUAAACUUACUUUUUCAGAUAGA